UGAUUAAUGAAUUAAUUUAGGUUUUAUUUUGAUAUAAAAGUUAUUCGCAUCACAGUUGACAGUCACAUCUCACAUUCACUUCAUCCGAGAAGCAGUUCCUAGAUUAACAUAGCACAAAAUAAACACGAAAACUCAAAAUCAAAAUGUUCAAAUUUACCACUCUUUGUUUAAUGGCUGUGAUUGCAUCUACCGUUGCUGCUCCUGGAUAUUCACCUUUAGCUGCAUACAGCGCUCAUCAUGCAGCAGCUUAUGCUGCCCCAAUUGGAUAUAGUGCUCCCUACGUUGCACCAUACGCUUCCAGCUACAAUGCUCACCAAAUCGAUCACUCUGUAGCUUAUCCUGCUUACCAAUAUGCUUCUGCUGCUUAUGCUUCACCAGCAGCUUACGCAGCUGCCCCAGGUCAAGCUGCAUACGCUACCGCUCCCGGUCUAUACGCUGCGUCACCAGCUGCCUAUGCUGCUUAUCCUGCUCACCACUCAGCUGGUUACGCUUUCCCAGCUGCCUAUGCAUCGCAUCCAGCAUAUGCUGGCCAUGCUUACGCAUCAACUCUUUUAAAGUAAAUUUAAAUAAAAGUUAAUUUAUUGGUUUUUUAAAUGUAACAAAAA